AUUUUCAGGAGGUUCUCCCUGAUGUGGAAAAAGCAAUUGAGAAAGCAGAUUUUUUGUCCAUUGAUGCUGAGUUUACUGGGUUGCAACGGGAUUCUUCAUAUGCAUAUAGGGAACUAGACACUGCAGAAGAAAGGUAUGCUAAGGCAAGGAUGGCGGCAAAGGAGUUUGGAAUGAUACAGUUUGGUCUCACAACCUUUCGCUUCAUACAAAAAGAGAAGAUGUAUUCCCAUGCCACUUUCUGCUUCUACCUUUUAGGGAGGACUGGAGAAAUUUACAUUUAUGACAACAGUAGCCUCAGAUUUUUGGCAAAUAAUGGAUUUGAUUUUGCCAAGUUGUAUAAAGAGGGAUUGCAGUACAUGACUGUUAAGGAAGAAAAUGAAAAGAGAUCAGAGUUGAGGAGUCAAUCCCUAGAUCUACCCAUACCUUCACCAGUCAAGAUCGCAGAAGAAAGUGCCAAAAAGUUCUUGAGAGAAACUGAAGAAAAAAUGAUAAGCUUCAUGGCAGAUGAAACUUGUGAUGUUCUUGUCAUCCCAGGCUCUACUCUAACAGGCUUCUUCAGGAAGAUUCUUUACAAUAAUAUUGCAUCUAAGUACCAGAAUAUUCUCAUCCGUAAUGUAAUGACUGAGGGUGAGAGAAAUGUUGAAAUUAGGAAAUUUGAAACUCAACAAAAUCGAAGAAACUUCUUGCAGAAAGAAAGGGAGAAACAACUAAAUGAUCAAGUUGGCUUUACUCAGGUUGUCCGCAAGAUCCUUGAAAGUGGGAAGGUGCUUGUUGGACACAAUCUUGUGUUGGACUUGCUUCAUUUAAUCAAUAAAACAGUUCAUCCUUUACCAGAACAUUUAGAUAACUUCAAGACAUUAGUCAAGACUACUAUUCCAACAGUGUAUGAUACAAAGCUCAUAGCAAAGGAUCCACCAUUUUGUGUAGAUAUUCCCUUCACAGCCUUAGGAUCUCUUUAUAAGGAUCUGUGUGAGAAAUAUGAACCUCCAACUUUUGCUCUAGAGGAAGGGUAUGCAAGUCACAGUUGUGAAGAAGAGGGCAAGGCACAUAAUGCUGGAUAUGAUGCAUUCAUGACUGGAGUCUGUUUUGUGACAAUGGUGAAAAAGCUAGAUGGCAUGAACUGGGCAA